AUGCGCCUUCAACCGCCCGAUGGGGCUGGGACACCAGUCACCAAUGGGGUGCACGAGGAGGAGAUGCCCGUGGAUGCACCUAAGCGCAUGGCCAUUAUCGGCAUGGCCUGCCGCCUUCCGGGACAGGUGUCUACACUCGAUGACUUUUGGGACCUGUGCUCGCGAGCCCGGAGUGCAUGGUCUCCGAUUCCUAAGAGCCGAUUCAACGCCGAAGCUUUCUCUCACCCUAACCCUGAUCGAUCGGGCUCUAUCAAUGCCAAAGGCGCGCACUUUCUAGACGAGGAUAUUGGCUUGUUUGAUGCGCCUUUCUUUAAAAUCACACUCCAAGAGGCGCGUUCUCUCGACCCACAGCAGCGCAUCCUGCUCGAAUGUGUAUACGAAGCUUUGGAAAAUGCAGGUGUUCCAAAUCACUCUAUCGCCGGCCGAAACGUCGGUGUGUUCACAGGAGGGUCAUUUGUGGACUACGAAUCGAACAACAUGAAGGAUAUGGAAUCCGUGCCUAUGUACUCGGCCACCGGCACUGCUUUGUCACUGCAGGCAAAUCGCAUUUCCUAUUAUUUCGACCUGACUGGGCCGAGCGUCACGGUCGACACGGCGUGUUCUUCCAGUUUGGCUGCCUUGCAUCUGGCAUGCCAAAGUAUUCGCAACGGUGAAUGCUCCAUGGCCAUUGUGGGAGGUUGUCAUUUGAACAUAUUCCCGGAAGCAUUUGUUUCUAUGAGUCGGGCUCGACUUCUUUCGGAAUCCGGCAAGUCAUAUGCAUUUGACCACAGAGCAAGUGGAUUUGGCCGCGGCGAAGGUGCGGGGGUUGUCAUUUUGAAAUCCGUGGAGGACGCACGCAUAGCUGGCGAUAUCAUCCGAUCAGUGGUCGUCAACAGCGGUAUCAAUCAAGAUGGACGGACUAGAGGCAUUUCAAUGCCCAAUAGCGCCGCCCAGGAAGCCCUGAUGCGCCAGGUCUACAAGUCCGCUGGUAUAAGUCCGUCCCAAACAGGAUUUGUCGAAGCCCACGGAACGGGGACUAAAGUUGGAGAUCCACUGGAAGCUAGGGCGUUGCAGGCAGUCUUUGGAGAGGGACGCACACCGCGGCAACCGCUAUUUCUCGGCUCGGUCAAGUCCAAUAUUGGCCAUCUGGAAGGGGCUAGCGGUAUUGUCUCGGUGAUCAAGACUACCCUGAUGCUCGAACGGGGCUUUAUUCUACCCAAUUGCAACUUCGAGAAGGCGAAUGAGGAGAUUCCCCUGGACAAGUGGAAUAUGAAGAUUCCAAAGAAAUUGCAUCCCUGGCCACGGGGUAAAACCUAUGCUAGCGUGAACAAUUUUGGGUUCGGUGGAACCAAUGCCCACGUCGUCCUCGAGCGCGGUCCUCGGCAUGACGGCGAAGGAAUGCAGAACACAGACCCUCUAAAGCGCAAACUGUACAUUGUGUCAGCUCACGAUAAACGGGCAGCCUUGCAAAUUUCAAAAGAAUUGGCAACAUAUCUGGACCUCAACCCGCCGGCGCUCACGGACGGCUUGAUGGACAACAUUGCUUAUACCCUCGGCCAGCGGCGGAGCUUUCUCCCGUGGAGGGUGGCCAUAUCUGCAUCCUCAUAUAUGGUGUUGAAUGAAUAUCUGUCCAAAGACCCAGAGCCGAUUCGUUCUUCUCGCGAGCCAAAUAUUGGUUUUGUAUUCACUGGACAGGGAGCACAGUGGCACGGCAUGGGUAAAGAGCUCCUGGGUACAUAUCCUAUUUUUCAGAGGACAUUGCGGGCUGUGGAUACUUGUUUGAAGACUCUGGGGGCAAAUUUCUCCAUUACAGAGGAGUUACUGCUAGAAGAUUCGAACAAAAGCUCACUAUCUGCGGCCUACAUGAGCCAGCCGGCUUGUACGGCGGUCCAGCUGGCACUGGUUGACCUUCUUGCGUCUUGGGGUGUCCGCCCCAAGGCAGUCGUGGGGCAUUCGAGCGGAGAAAUUGCAGCGGCCUAUGCAGCGGGAAUCUUGGGAUUGGAAGAAUGCAUCCGCAUUGCAUAUUCCCGAGGAGUCGCAGCCAACCUUCUCGCAAACGACAAAACAGUUCAGGGAGCCAUGCUGGCAGUGGGCGCCAAUGCCGGGGAAGUCCAACAAAUUCUGGAUGCCAUGCGAGGCCAACGAGCUGUCGUUGCCUGCGUGAACAGCGAGUCGAGUGUUACAUUGUCUGGUGACCGAGAUGUCAUCGUGGAGCUCCAAGCCGCCUUGGACAAAGAGGGCAUAUUCACCCGCCGACUCCAAGUUGACGUCGCCUACCACUCUCAUCACAUGCAGCAAGUUGCCCAGCAGUACAAGUCAUUGCUUCGAAAAAUCGCACCUCGAGCGUCCGACAUUCCCUUCCAUUCAACGGUCCGCGGCGGCCUGGUUGCGGGAACUUCCUUAGAUGCCUCGUACUGGGUCGAUAACCUGGUCUCUCGCGUCGAGUUCGUUAAGGGCUUGCAGAGUCUGCUGGCAGACACACAGGCCCCUACCCAAAUCACCAGUUUGGUAGAGAUCGGCCCUCAUCCUGCACUUCAAACGCCAGUCAAAGAUAUUAUCCGACUACACGCGCCUACCCGGAAUGUACAGUAUUCACACACUUUGAAACGCAAGGUCGAUGCAAUUGAAGCCGUCCAGAAUCUGGCUGCCUCUCUAUUUGUCCAGGGGAUGACUCUCAACUUUGAAGCUAUCAACUUCCCAGAUCUCGGGCGAAGUCAAAGAAAACCCAACCUCCUCACCAAACUCCCAAAAUACCCCUGGAACCACACUGAAAGGUACUGGUUUUGCUCGCGCUUGGGCCAAAACCUGUUUCAUCGUCAGUUUCCGCGCAAUGAUCUCAUCGGCAGUCUUUGCAUGGAGAAUAUGGACUUUGAGCCUCGCUGGAGAAACAUCAUUCGCGCCGACGACCAUCCCUGGGUUCGUCAGCAUCGAGUCCAUGACAGCAAUGUCUAUCCCAUGACUGGAUUCCUCGCCAUGGCUAUGGAGGCAAUCUCACAGCAGGCACAACUGCAUCACAUCACACCAGGCAAAAUCCAUCUUCGUGAUAUCUCCAUUAGCCGUGUCCUUGCAAUCCCAGACAAUUCAUCGGUGGAAACUAUGAUCAGCCUGCGCUCAUGCCGAACCGAGCCGGGCAAGUCAGUUCGUGGCUGGCAUGAGUUCAAGGUAUUUUCUUGGGCUGAAGGCCGAGGCUGGGAUCAACACUGCAAUGGCUUUGUAAUGGUUCAAGAAGUCAAGGACGCAAACCCUGUGGAUGGAUCUCGGCAACAGGCAGCGGUGGACGCAGAACUCUCUCAGAAGGCAUUAGAAUUGCACGACUCAUGCAAUGUGCCGGUGGACAGGCAAACUCUAUAUGACAACAUCACACAGUGCGGUGUCGAAUAUGGCCCAAUCUUCCAUGGAUUGUCGAACAUUACUGCCAGCACAAACCAGCAAGCCAUGGCCACAGUGGUUGUUCCGGACACCAAAGCCUGCAUGCCAUUCGAAUAUGAAAGCGAUUGCAUUGUUCAUCCAGUAACCCUUGAUCGAAUUUGCCAACUGAUGUGGGUUCUCCGGGGAUAUGGCCAGCCAGACGGUCCGAAGACCACCUUUGUCCCGUCACAUCUCAAAAAUGUUUCGGUUUCAUUAACCCAUGAAAUACGCACUGGCACUCAAUUCCAACUCUAUGGCCAGCGAUCCGGGAUUGAUGCUGCAACCAACACCGAAAGCAACCGCAUCAUCGCGACUGAUCCCCACAGUUCCACAGACGUUGUCAUUGACAUCAACGGAAUGACACUUGUGCCCAUGUCCAACGAUAUCAAAGGCUCCAGGGACAAUACGCCUGAUCCAAUGUGCUACAAACUUCGCUGGGAGCCCUGCUUCGAGUUCCUUUCUGAAGGCGACUACCAAAAACUCCCCCGCCCUGAUACGGAUGCUGUUACUGGAGGACAAAGAAUGAGCCAACUAGACCGUGUUGCUGAGCACUACCUUCGGCAGGUGUUGCGAUCGGUGCCAGAGGAGGAGUUUGGGACCUUCCCAAGCUACCAUCAGAAAUUCUAUCGUUGGGCCCAGAAGACUUGCCAAGCGGCUGGACCAGCAGAUGACCUCUCGGACCAGACGAUCAACGAGUUGAGGACAGCAAAUGGAGCGGGCGAUCUGACAUGCAGAGUCGGCGAGCUUCUUCCCCAAGUUCUUCGCGGCCAGAUCGACCCGCUUAACGUCAUGUUGGAGGAUGACCGGCUCAGCAAGCACUACCAGGACCUCGACAGCCUCCGUGAAGCCUAUGCGAAUGCAUCAGUCUGCAUUGACAAAAUGGCCCACCAGAACCCCGAGCUUAAUAUCAUCGAGAUUGGUGCUGGAACCGGAGGCGCUACCUUGCCAAUCUUGCAAAGCCUCGGCGGAGGUGAAGUAGGUUCUACGCCUCGGUUUGGUCACUACACCUACACCGACAUCUCUCCAGGAUUCUUCGAAAAAGCAAAAACGAAGUUCGAGAAUUGGAACCAUCUCAUGACAUACCAGACUCUAGAUAUCUCUGCGGAUCCGACUAGCCAGGGCUUUAACCUGGGCUCAUAUGAUAUGGUAAUUGCGUGUAACGUCUUGCACGCCACUCCCGAAAUCAACCAAACUAUGGCAAAUAUCCGCUCUCUGUUACGACCCGGUGGCAAGCUGAUGCUCAUUGAAGAGACUGUUUCAAAAGCAAGGCAUUUCCCGUUUGCACUUCUGCCUGGCUGGUGGCUUGCCAGUGAUGAGAUUCGCAAGGACGGGCCGCUUCUUAACGUUGAGGGUUGGAGCAACGUGAUGAAGGCAAACAAUUUCUCUGGAGUUGACCUCUGCCUUGAAGAAUACCCGGGAGCUUCCCACCAGUCCGGAUGCCUGAUGAUGUCUACCGCCAAUGGCUCAAGAACUGGACCGACAAAUCCUGGAGAUGUAAUUGUUGUUGGAAUGGAUUCUAUCGGAAGCGUGUCUGCUCUAGCUCUGGAAGCUGGUUUAAAGAAAAUCACUGGUUCUGUACCAAUGACUAUCGACGACGUGGCCACCGCUGAUGUCGCAGGAAAAUGGUGUAUUUUCCUUGGAGGAAUGGAUCGGUCAACCCUGGCGCAUCUCACUCGAGACAAGUUCCAAGCCAUUCAACGCUUGGCCGGCCGAGCCAGAGGAUUGAUGUGGGCCGCCAGACACAACAAAAUCAACCCACGGUCUCUCGGUUCAAACAUGAUCAUUGGCCUUGCUCGGACAAUCAGGUCGGAGACUGGUCUGCCAUUCGUGACACUGGACUUGGGCGAGCGGGAGCGCAUGUCUGAUGCAGAGGCUGUGGAACACAUGCUCAAUGUAUUCAACAGCACGUUUUGCCGCAAGUCACAGCUCGUGCAGGGGGACAUGGAAUUUGUUGUUCGCAAUGGAAAUGUCUGUGUUCCUCGUCUUGUCGACAACCCGGCUCUCAAUUUGAGCGUUCAACAAGAGACGCAGGACACACCACCGCAAUUGCAGCUGUUCAAGCAAAACAGAGCGCUGCGACUGAGCGCAGGCGAAGGUCGUGUUCUGGAUGAGUUAUAUUUCACCGAUGACAUUGUAUACACCAGCCCGCUACCGGCUGACCACAUCGAGAUUCAAGUGCAAUGCACCGCCCUCAAUUUCCGAGAUGUCUUGAUGGCCAUGGGUCAGCUUCAAGGAGACAGGCUUGGCCAAGAGUGCAGCGGUAUUGUAACCCGUGUCGGAGCCGCCGUGACUGAUUUCAAGACCGGAGAUCGGGUAUGCGCAAUGUCGCCUGGAUCACUGUCUACCUACACGCGCUGUCCAGCAUCAACGGCAUGGUCAAUGCCAGAGAACAUGCCAUGGGAGGUAGCAGCAUCAAUUCCAGCUGUUUUCUGCACCGCAUACUACUCUCUGGUUGACCUUGGCCACCUGGAGCAAGGUGAGAGCAUCCUCAUCCAUGCUGCCGCAGGAGGUGUUGGGCAGGCAGCUAUCAUUAUUGCCCAGCGCAUCGGUGCCAAGAUCUUCGUUACCGUUGGAAGCGAAGAGAAGAAGAAGUUUUUGAUGGAUAUCUACCAGCUCAAAGAAGAUCAGAUAUUCUUCAGUCGCGACACAUCCUUCGCUCAGGGAAUCCACCGCGCCACCGGUGGACAGGGCGUGGAUGUUGCCCUCAAUUCCUUGAGCGGCGAUGCUCUGCAGGCAACUUUCGAGUGUGUUGCUCCGUUCGGUCGAUUCAUUGAGCUGGGCAAGCGCGAUAUCACUCAGAACUCACGACUGGAAAUGGGCCAUUUCAAUAAAAAUCUGUCAUUUGCUUCUGUUGAUCUGAACAUGGUGCGGGAAAAGCGGCCGCAGCUGCUGAAGCGAUUGCUACGUGAUUCUUUCCAGAUUUUCAUUGACUCUGGGGCCCAGUCUCACUGGCCCAUUUCCAAGAUUCCUGUCUCUGACGUCGAGAAUGGGUUCCGGGCGUUGCAGGGCGGGCAGGUUAUAGGCAAGAUGGUUGUUCAAAUGACGGAUGAUGCCAUGGUCAAGGUGUAUCCGCCCCGCAAGGAAGAAGCUCUACUACGGCCAGAUGCUUCGUACGUUGUUGUGGGUGGCACCGGGGGUAUCGGCCUCGAUCUUGCCAGCUGGUUACCGCAAAAGGGAGCAAGGCAUCUUGUACUUGUUUCCCGGAGUGGAGCAUCGACAGAAAUGGCUAAGAAGGCUGUCGAAGACCUCACUCACGCUGGAGUCACAGUGGAUGUUUGCCGAUGUGAUAUUGCCAACCAGCAGAGCGUGGACCAGAAGUUGGCUCCGUUGCUCAGCCGGUCACCUCCUGUUGGUGGUGUCAUCUACGGCGCUAUGGUUCUUCGGGAUACUCUGUUUGAAAAAAUGAGCUUCGAAGACUAUGAAACCGUUGUGCGCCCCAGAGUCCACGGAAUCUGGAACUUACAACGUGCCUUGCAGAACACCAAAAACAUUGAAAACAUUGAUUUCUUUGUGACACUUUCCUCCGCCGCCAGUUUUGUUGGCAACCUGGGCCAGUCUGCGUACAGCGCCAGUGGAACAUUUAUGGCGGCACUCGCCCAAUAUCCCGACACAGCGAAGAUGCCGUGUACAACGAUUGACCUUCCCAUCGUUCGUGGGGUGGGAUAUCUGGCAGACGACGAAAAGCGCGAGCAAAUAGCUGCGCAACUCGGCACCGAAUCUGUCGAUGCAAACGAUAUUCGCGGCCUUGUUGCUGCCGCAAUUCGAAAGGAAAUGCAGGAGACAUGCGACGGUCACUGCGUGGUGGGAUUUGACGGUGUCAAGACUACCCCAGCGACUGAGCAGCCAUUCUGGGUGAACGACACCAAGUUAUCCCAUCUCUUGCGUCUGUCAACCCUCGCCGAAGCAGGGACGCUUGCCGAUGCCGCGCAGGGCAGCGCGGACAUCUCACCCGCCUCUGCAAUCCGGCAGUCUCGAGCCCGCGAGAUCGCCUCUGCAGUCAUUGCCACUGCAGUAUUACAGAAAAUCUCCAGCAUCCUCAUGCGUCCUGCGGAAGAACUGGACCCAACAGUACCCAUCUCUGUUUAUGGGCUGGAUUCACUGGUUGCCAUCGAGAUCAGAAACUGGAUCACGCGCGAGCUGGAGGCCAAUCUGCAGAUUCUUGAGAUCUUGACAAGUGAUUCUGUUCCGGCUCUCGCUGAGCUCAUUCUCCGAAAGUCAGGCAUUUUGACUCCAGAAGUGAAAGUGGAGUGGGGAUUGACCAAGCCCGAGGUCCUGGUGAAUGGAGACGGAAAGCAUUGA